UCGCGCUGGUUUAAAGCGCAUGUGCAGCUCCAAUUGGAUGCCAAAUCGGCAGCUUCAGAUCGCAUUGGCUCGCGUCACAACAGUUAAAUUUGCCCUGCACACCAACCAGAAACUGUUCGGGAUCGAGAUGGCUGAAUUCAAAGUGACUGUAAAGUGCAUGUGGAACUCAGAGACUGGAGAUUUCACACUGCUAGUGGAAGGUGAUGAAGAGGCCGAGCAGGAAAAAGAUAACGACGACACUACCUCAUCUUAACAGCUGCUAGUUUGUUUAUACUGCUUAUUUCAUGUUUACCUGCUAUACCUCAAGUGCCCUUGACUGUUUGGUUAUUUGAACCAAUUUGUGUGUG